AUGUUUUAUAGACUCCAAGGCUUUUCCCUACUACGGCAGCUACUGAAGGUACCCCGUCGUUACAAUUCUACUGCUGUGAACAAGCCCCUUCUACAAAAUCCCACGCUCAACUCAAGAGUGUACUCCGAAAUGAAAAAUGAGCCGCCAUACUCCCAACUUGGACGUGAAACAUAUCCAAAUCCGUUAUUUUCAUUAAGCAAAGAAAGUCUAGUUAAGCUCAAGGAAGACGACUAUCGCCACCUUCUAUCCAUUCCUUACAAAUCAGUCACAGAAAUAGAUCAGUUCUGCCUCAAUGUCAUCCAUAUUAUCCAUGAAAACCUCAUACGAAAUCCUUCACUAGCAAGAAUGUUUUUAGUGAACAUGAAAGAUCCAGAAAUGAGAGACAUUGUCAUAAGUUGCCUACAUCACUACUACAAGUCGAAUCAGCUUCGUGACUCCCUUCUAAGGUUCAUGCAUCUCCCCACGGACGCCAGUACCAAGAGCUCCAUCCUAGCCAAUAUCGAAAAUAUUGUCCUAGAACCUUCCUCUUCUCCAGAAGAGAAGAUGGCACUUUUCUUGAGCUAUCUUAGGAAGUUAGCACUUUGUUCAACGCUUAAUACGUCAUCCAUAUUGUUGAAUGAACCCAUCACCAAGGUUGUUCUAGAAAGCCUUCCUGAUUCGAGAAAACCAGAACUUUUCUCUUACUUUAUGCAUAUAAAUAUGAAGUUUGCUGAUAUGAGCAAAUUUGAAGUCUUGAAAGACUUUUUAUUACAUGGCUCGAGCAUGGCCAGAUUUGUCGCUAAGACUGGUGUUAUCGAUGCCAGAUGGCAGGAUACCAAGUACUAUACGUUCUCCGAUGAACAUAAGCAGAAGAUGUUGAACUUCUAUUCGUUCAAUGAUUUUGAAAGAUUUGCUUCGAAGGCGUUUAAAUCACACAAUUUGCUCGACGCCAACCUUUACCUCGAGCUAUUGGUCUCCAAGCUUGAACUUCAGCAUUCUACAAUAACCGCAUCUCAACAUUCUAGGAGGGUUCAGAUUCUCAUCAACUUGCUUUUAGAACAUUCCAUGACUUUCAAAGGGCCGCAGGAAUGUCUUAAGUUCUUACGUCUCAUACCACAGAUCGGUCUAGAAGUACGUCCAGCUGCAUUGCUUCGUAUCUUGACUCAAUUGAGGAAAGAUAAGUAUUAUGACGAAGCUUUCCUCUUGAUUGAUAAACUACAAGAGUGCGAGCUUGCCCCUAAUCAGAAGGAAAUUUUCAUGAAUGAAAUACUCUAUGUUAUUGCAAAGAAGUUCCGGUCAUAUCCGCAGGUCAUUAUCGGAUACUAUGCUGCUAUAUUUGGUGAUGGAGCUCUUCACCUCCUCCACCGAUUAGGAUUGCUUCAGUUAAUCUAUAAGGAUGAGUUCAAGAACCUUGACUUUUCUCGUAUCGAAAGAGCUGAUGUACACCAAGCUCUUACAGGAUUCAAGCUUAGUCAUUUUCACUUAUUCGUGGUAUACGAAUCAUUUUUAAGAAGAUUCCAGAGAAAGGCUAGGGCCCCGAAGCUUAUCAAAGCCUUAUAUGACAGAUACAAGAAGGAGAUUGUCAAUCUGAAGACGCACAUGGCAUUCAAGCAUGAACAGGCCGAUGACAAAGUGGUGCCUUAUCUUAUAGAAUGUCUUCUUAAGCAUCAGCCUGGUGCGCUGAACAUGCGGUUGUUGAAGGUCAAUCGUGCAAGAUAUGAGACUGCUAAGGGAAUGGCUGUUGACUACUUCCAGGUUGCCGGGUUAAAGGACAAGGGCAAUAAACACAUGUUUGAUAUGCUUAUCCGGUCUGCCUUACUUCGGUAUCGUGACUACGAGUUUGCAACUGCUAUGAUGAAGUACGGUCAAGAGCUUAACGUACCGCUCUCUUGUGACCUGGUAUUCCCCUUCAUUCUUUACCACUAUGUCCAAGGCGAGAAAGAGAAAGCAGAAUCAUGGUUUAAGGUGCUACUCAAAGAAGGUAUUGACGUGAAACCCACAGAUCUUGAACGUUUGAUAACGAUCAGCAAAGACUGUGGAUGGGAAGUCAAAGGUACAAAGUAUAAGAGAUUGACAGCUUGGCGCAACAAAAAGUCCCGCGAGCAACGUGAAAAUAUUGAUCGAGACCAUCUUGAAGCCCUUGGGGUUAAAACCACCAAUGAGCAAGGCAAGGUCAGUCUUUUAGAGGAACUAGGCUCCAUCCUUAAACGUGUAAAUGAAAGUAAUGAGUAUCGCUUGCAGACACCUCCACAAAGACAGCGUCAGGAUGUGCUAGAGCAAGACAUAACGACACCAACAGAUACGCUUGAUCAUCUUGAUUCCAAGAAAAAGUUUGAAUCCAUCGUAUCUCAUGUGAAUAGAACGCUUCAAGAAUUGAGCGAGGUUUACAGUGAAAUCGGAUACUCCAGCCGUGAGAUCAACCAACGUCAAGCUGAUGUCUUUUUGACAAUUGAUGACACAAUCAAAUCUAUCAGCAGCAGCGCUCUACGAGAGAAGAACCUGGUUCAGAAUGAGUGUGAAUGGCUCCGACAACAGAUCAGGUUUAUGCUUGCAACCCUCAAUGAUAACCAUGGAGAGAAGACGCUAAAGUUGAGCAGCAGAGGAAUUGUGUUUGAAGACGACGUCAUGUAUGCCACUGGUUAUCGAGAAGAUAUCAAAGAACAGGUCCAUUCCUUCCAUCAUUUCAAUCAGCCCUCAUUUGAAGAUUCUCAAUUUGAAGAUGAUGACAUUGCCAACGAUGGCUACUCCAUGCAACAGCAGUAUGACUAUAUGACCAGAAAUGUUCCUCAACUUACACUACUACAAACGAAACUGUCACUCAAUAAUAUUUUCCUAGAUGUCCUCAAAGCAUUUGUUAAAGUUUUCCGCAAGUUCUCCGACCUCAGUUUCCGUUACUGGGACAAUGUGGAGAUCAUUGGAGUGGAAUCAGCCAAGUCAAACAGCUUGAUUUCUCAACUACCGUCUAAGUCUGAAGCUGAGGAAUACCUAAGGCUUUCAGAAGAUUUUGAGAAUACAGUGAAACAACUACGCCUAACUGAUAAAAUGUCUAAAGCCCCAUACACGAAUCCAGCAAAUGCCAAUGAUGACGAUAAUGCCUUUGUUAUACUGAGUCCCAAGAAAGCUAAGAUACGAGACCUCACGAAAUCCCGUGAAGAUGUCGCUGAUUUAUCCACUAUAUCUCAGUCUUCUCCCGACGAAACCAUGAGCCAUCUCCGUGAACUCAAUGGCAAGCUCAUUACAGCUUUACGGAACUUGAAGAUCAUUAAGUUGAAUUCACAAGUUAUUCAGGAUCUCAGCAUGGAAGUUGAACAUACAAAGGCAGAUGUGGCAAGCAGGGCGGUGGAAAUGAAGGAUUUCGUGAACAAAUGCCUAGAUAUGAUUGUCAUUUUGCUGCUCAGUGAUACUGACUUGAUAAAGAUACAACAACGUGCUAUUCAAGGUAAGACCCAGGAGUACGCAAAAGAAGGGCCUUUUGAUUCAGAGGCGUUGAAAUUGAUAGAAGGAGAUAUUCUUGCAUUUGGUUUGGAAACGUCCAAGUUGCUUUAUCUCCAAAAGCUUACCCAUACCUUGGUUCAUCUUCGAGACUCCAAACAAAAGAAAUGGAAUUACUACAUGUCCGCGUGUAUGCGUCUCUGGGACAAGCUUUGUGAGUCUCCACACUUUGUUUCCCAAUUCCAGGAGGAGAAUGCUACGCUCAGUGAGAAAUCGUUGGCAAACCUCAAAAUGGAGCUCAACCGCCUUUACAUGAAGCGGUCUGAAUUCAUCGGUAGCUUUAUCGUCGAUACCCAGAAGGAGAUCUCAGAGUACCAGUCUUUGCUUCUCUACUCUGAUUCGCAAAGACAGUCUUUCGAUUUUUUUGGUUAUAAUGCAGACGAUGACUCAGACGAUAAGGAGCACAUUCUUAACCUUCAUGAAGCUGAACUUAAUAGGCUCAAGGAGGAGUACGAGUCGAAGAAGCCAAUUCUAGAGCUUUAUAAGGAGCUCAACGAGUAUCUUGAGGAUCAGAGAUUCUUGGAGGAGUCAUCUAAAGAUUCUUCUCGACUCCUUCAGAAGGACUCUUGUAAGAUAUUGAUGAAGGAGGAGCGGAUCCGUAAAACGAUUCACAGGAACCUUCCACGUGUGAUAAAGGCUAUAAAGGAGGAGGUCAUCCACUUCAACAAGGAAAUGAUAUCAAGGGAAAAGAAGCCGUUCGCUGUUGCAGGUCAAGAUCUCUAUGAGAAGAUUCUCUCGAUAGAAUCUCAAUGUUCGAACCAGAAACGGUCAAGGUUCACCCGUGGGACAUCUCCCAGACGGCCAUCUGUAUCUCCAAGAAAGCCAGAGCCAUCCUCUAGCCAAAAUGGCUCAACGAAGAAUCCUAGGUUAAGGUCGCCCAUAAAGGUUGGAAAGGAAGUAACUCAGCGGAGAGUGUCGCCUGCCUUACAUUCCGCCUCUCUUUCUAGGUCUCCAGCAGUCUCCGAAAGGAGAUCUUUGACGAAGCUGCUGCUGCUUAACCGGUCACCCGAAGAGCUCAGAGUGGAAAAUGGCGGUUCUAUGAAUGGAUCUACCUUUGAAAGUCCUCCAAAAGCUUCGCGUAUUUCUCUGACAACUAACGUCAGUCUUCGUUCUCAAUUGCCCCCCUUACACUCUCCAUUGAAUCCGGAGACUUCGACCUUGAUGAACUUCAGUCCAUCUGAAAGUACGCUUUAUUCGAUGUGUUCAAGAGUCUCUCCUCUCAGAGACAAAAAUACCAAUGUUAGAGCUGAUUUCACACCGAUAAGAGAGAUAGAAGCCAACCAGGAGGACAAAGAAAAUGCUGGCUCUGCUCCUCCAAAGAAUUUGCUGCCCAAUGGUGCUGAAAAUGACAAGGAGAGUACCAAUCAUAGAUUGAGCACGCACAGUCUUGCCAACUCUACAGUUAUCAGUGAUGUAAAUGAAGACUGGAAAGAGCAAAGAUUACGUGAUAUUCAGUCUCGCAACGACAGGUUUUAUGAUAAUAACCGCUUGUCAUGA